AUGGUUAGGGCACUUUCCCUUUCCAUCUUCGUCCUCUCAUCCUCCCGCGCCGCCUCUCUCCAUCUCACACUAUCGAAAAUCGCCAGCGGAGAGACACCCAUCAGCGGCCACAAGCAAAUCCCCAUUAAUCUCGACGAUCUCCCCGGUUUGGAGAGUUCUGGCCUGAACAGAGACCGAUGGUUUCGAGUUAUCCUGAGAAAUGAUAAAGGAGAGGUAGCGAUGACCCAUAGAAACGAAGCUGCUUCCGGAGGCAAAGCAGUGUACAGAAGGUGGUGA